CUCGUGCAGUGAUAGUGUCAAGAAGAAGAGAGAGGAAGUGACUGAUGACUUUUCAGUGGCAGAUGGGCGAAGUUGAGACGUGCAGCGCCCUGUGUGAGAAGCUUAUGGCGCUGGGACAGCCAGAGUCCUGGGAAGUGUGUUCCCUGCUGGCUCAGGACACGUCCUACACAGACGUCCCAGCCAAGACCAAGCUUAUUGACUACGCCCUCACGCACUGUCCUGCACAGCACCUGCCGGAGCUACUCAACCUCAGGCAUUCAGUGGAGCUGGCAGCCGUGUACGAGGUUGUCAGAGGCACGAUGGCUCGAGAGGAGCUCGGUGGAGCAGAGGACGUCUUCGUGGACGCCCGAGAGUCAUCAUCUGAAGUAGACGAGGCACCAGUGGCCACACCAGGAGGCGGUGGGGCACUGCUACACGCCACACUGGACGCCACACACGCCGUCUCUGCCACAGCCUCGUCGCUCCUUGCCACCGUCAGCAGGGCCUCCUUCUGGACCUCCGCCAUCAGUUUCGUGGUGCCGCUCCGUGAUCGCGCACUCGACCAAAGCGAUGACGAAGACAGAGACAACAACGCGGACUUCCAGAGGCAAGGCUGCCAUGCCUUCUACCUUGACUGUAACCCACAGGCGCACUGCAGCAACAUCGGUUACAACUACUGGGGCUACAGCAACACCACCUUCAGCAGCCCCAGCCUGCGCUUCUCCAUGGCGCUGCUGAAGGCCUUCAUGCUGGAGCGAACCAUCGCUGCUGCUGAUGCUGCUGCUGUGCGGCAGUAUUACUACGCGCUGCAGAUCUACAGCCUCCUGCACCCCUGGUCUCAGCCUCGCCUCGCCCCUCUGUACCUCCACGACCCCGCCGUGGUCAUCGCCUGCGCCGCCUUCGUCACCCUCAAGCACCAGCAGUGUCAUCUGUCCUCAGAUGCCAAGCCCUCAGAUGCCAAGCUCUCGGGUGCCAAGCUCUCAGGUCCUAAGACCUCGGAUGUCAAGACCUCAGAUGCCGAGACUUCGGAUGCCCAGACCUCAAAUGCUAAGCCCUCAGAUGCUAAGCCCUCGGAUGCCAAGCCCUCAGAUGCCAAGCCCUCGGAUACCAAGCCCUCGGAUGCCAAGCCCUCGGAUGCCCAGCCCUCGGAUGCCAAGCCCUCGGAUGCCCAGCCCUCAGAUUCCAAGUCCUCGAAUGCCCAGGAAGCCUCGAGACGUGAAGAACCAAAAAUGGGCUGCACGCAACUUGAAGUGGACGGCGUCAAGUUUCUGACAGGCAACGACAAACUUGAUGCAGAUCUGAUAUUGUUGUAUGAAUAUUUCCGAGCUUCUGAAGAACUUCUCGACGAUUACGUUCAAGGCGAAGCGUUGCAUCGGCUGGACGCUGGGGUUGACACCGUACGUUUUCUGAGCGACGCUCGCUACAAAGAGGACACUGUGCUAGGACUCUGCCUGACCUCAGAUGAAGAAAUGCUGGAUUUAGCCUUCGUGUUGGCAAAAAAAUAUCAAGUGUCGCUGUGGGAAGUACAUAUGACACAUCUCCAGUAUAUGUUCAGUUCGGAUCUCUCGACGGACCAAAUUAAAGAUAAUAUUCGAAGAAGAAACGCCAUGCUUGAACUCAAAUCUAAUCCAAAAUCUUUCGUGGAGACCAUGCAAGAGAAAAUCCUUGCGCUCAUCGACGGUACUGAUCAUGAGAGAUUAAUUUUAUUUUAUUCACUGAUUAACGAUGUUGCUGUUAACUCCCAAGACACUGUCGCUGCUGCUGCUGCUGAACAGCACAUUAGUGUUCUUAAUGAGCUGCAGCAGCUGGCACCCGCACUCAACUAUCACUAUUUGCUGGGCAAGCGAGCAGACGCCAUGCAGCAUCUCGGCGCGGUGGUGACCGACAGCAACAUCAGGCCCCUUGCAGCUCUACUGCUACGUGUUCCUGCUACGACUGCACCGGUGUCCUGUAGUAGCCUCUACUGCGCCUACUGCAUCGAGCGCUUCUUCUCUACGGCUAGGCAGACAAAGGCGCCUAUGAGCGUACAGCAGUGCAAACAAGCAUACGAGGGCAGCGUGGGGCGGCACUGGGGGGCGCUGUGCCCCAGCGACGCGCUGGUGCUGGUACGAGCCCUCGCGCUGUCUGACGAGGCCUUCAAGCUCCUGCCCCUAGCGUCGCGUCUCGUCGUCGCUAAACUAGCGCGUGACGACGCUGAAAGAAGCAGCAAACAACCACAACAGCAAGAGGAGUGGAAUAACGCUGUGUCGGAACUCGAGGCUUGGGUCGCACACCUCACGAGAUUACAGAGUCCUGCCUUCACAGCCCUCAUCUCAGGACCUGACCUCGCCCUGCGACACUACGCUAAAAUGUACGCCACUAGUGAAGGCACUCCUGCGGCGGCGACGGCCGUAUGCAACGCAGCGCUGCUGGGGGGCUGCGACCUGCAGGUGCUGAGGGCGCUGGUCGAGGUGAUGCCCGAGGGCGCCGCCCCUCAGCCUGAGGACGCCCUACACGGCCUCGUGCAGCGCGCCCUUGACGCACUGACGCAGCACUCGGAGGAGCCUGAUCCAUCACUCCCUGAGAUGCUGCAUCACAGCAGCACUGAAGAGCAGCACGGGUGGUGGGUGGAGCGGUUGCAGCAUUUGUGCAGCGUGCUGCGCUGUGAGCUGCAGCACGACAACGACCUGCUCAUGGAGGAGCUGCUGCUGCAGGCGGCCAGGGAGGCGGCCCUCUGUGACACCCUCGCCCUGCACCACAGGGUCGCUAUGUUCUCUGCAUUUGUCAAGAACCUGCCGGCGUCAGACGACGACAUGAGCUUGUUGCUUUAUCUUGAGACGCGGCGAGUGUUGAGCGCUGCUAGCUUCCCGGUCACCUACGACCAGGAGGACGAUACGGCAGCAAGAGGAGCAGAAGGGCUGUCCAGCGCUGUGGUUAUGAGCGUGACUUCAGUUAGCACAUCAGGCGAGCGCGAGGCGCUCUUUGAGGCGCUCACGAGCGUGGCGAGCAGCCGUGAGCACACAAGAGCACUUCUCGAGCUGCUACAACUCUGGCCGCCCUUCAAACAGUCGGUGUACGAGUCUCUGACGGGUAACCCGUGGGAGGCGCUACUGACGCGGCUCGUGGGGGAGAGCGACGCUACUGGCAGGGGCCUCCCCGCUGACCUUAUAUGGGACAUCGUGCGGGAGGCUACGGACAAGCAACAG